UCUCGUUCGGACGGAGAAAGCAUGCCCACCGCGGUACUGAAGAAGAGGAGUCCGGACGGUUCUCUGACAGUGUACUUGAGCCGGCGGGAGCUGGUACUUCCGGCCGAGGAGGAAGGAAACGUGGUGCGCCCCCUGGACGGGGUCGCCCUGCUGGGGCGCACCCUCGAGACGGGGGAGAGGGUAUUCGCCCUGCUCGUCCUCACCUUCCGCUACGGGCGAGAAGACGAAGAAGUGAUGGGGCUCAAAUUUUACACCGAAGCCGUCCUACACUACCAGCAGGUGGUGCCUUCGAACGGUGAGAAUAAACGGCUGACCCUUCUACAGCAGCAUUUAAUUCGCAAACUGGGCCCCGGAGCCCAUCCUCUGACAGUCUCGGCCAGCGGCCACCUGCCUCACUCCGUUGCCCUCCGUCCAGCCCGCAUGUAUGGAGGAAGUCCACUAGGUGUGACGUACGACCUUAAAGUGUUCAUUGGGAUGCGGCCCGACGAACGGCCUUCCAAGCGAGAGCUGGUCCGCAUGGGCCUCCGCUGCCUGCACCGGAGCUUGCCCCCGCAGCCCAACCCGCCCCACUCGGAGCUGAGCCGCGCCUUUCUGCUGAGCAGCGGCCGGAUCCGGCUCGAGGCCCGGCUCGACCGCGAGGCCUACCGCCGGACCGAGCCCGUCCGGGUGCACGUCAGCCUCGACAACUCCUCGAACCGGACCGUGCACCGUCUGAGCGUGCGGAUCGUGCAGCACGUGCACGUCUGCAUGUUCACCAGCGGCCGCUUCAAGAACCAGGUGGCGCUGGCGGAGGCCGAGCGCCCGGUGCGGCCCGGCGCCUGCCUGUCCAGGGUCUUCCAGAUGAGCGUGCAGCAGGAGCAGCAGAUGCGGUACGUAGGUUGA